AUUCUGAAUGUUUUAUCUAAACGUUUAGAAUAAAUAUGUCCAUUUUUAGUUAUAGCAAGGCUUUUUAUUAUUAACGAUGAUCGAAGCAUGGGCUUCCUGACACUUUUCAACUGAUUUAACGUAAGAUCUUCGGAAAUGAAAUCUUAUUACUUUUUCUCUCUAAUAAAUAAGCUGACUGUGAUAUUAUUUGUCGUAAUGGUCAAUUAAAAAAAGAAAGAUUGUAUAAACAUUAUACUAUGUUUUGACAAUCCACGAUGAUAAGAAUUUUCUAUCAUCUCAGAUUUUUUAAAUUUGCAUUACUGAAUGACAUAUUUUUGUCAUCAGUUUGUAAAACCAAUUCUUCAUCAAAAUCCCGAAAUCGAAUAUCCAAAGUUUGAAUUUAUUCAAUUUUUAUCAAUUGAUUGAAAUCUUUUUUGCAGUUCUACUAAUAUUGGGUUAAACAAAAGAUCAAACAAACCAUUAACGAUACCAGUACCAUGCAUUCGCUGUAUACUUCAAUUAUGAUUAGUUGGAUUAAUCACUGUUAGUCUUAAAGUGUCGAUGGUAACAUUGCUCACCAUCGCUCAACUUUCAUCUUGCGGUAUUUUGUUUAUUGUUAAAUAUCUACCUUAGAAUUAGUACUUUAUACAUUAUUUAUGUGUGCAUGUGCUUAUUAAUCACGCAUUUUUGUUCUGUUUACGAUGAAGACGUAAAAUACAGUGAAAGACUAGCAUUUUGUCGACAAAAACUAUUUUCCUUGUACACGUUCUGACUUACAAUCAAUUCAAGAACUUCACCAGUACAUAGAGAAUAUAGAUACCUGACUACAGUUAUAAACUGGUGCUCACAAGCGCUCGUUUGUCAUCAGUAUAUCACGCUUAUUAUACACGACAGAUAAUGACAAAGGUUGCGGGUUUUCUGUUUUUUACAACUUCAGAUUGAAGACAAUUUACAAAACUAACACAAAAAACAGACGAUCAAACGAGAAACUUAGAAGUAACGUUAGCAUCUAAGAGAACGAAGAGAUUACGGAAUCAUAAAUUAUAAUCUACUGUCAACUAGUACCUUCUUUUGUGUAACUCAACAAAGAAGAACAAGAAGCAAAAGUUUGUACAGAGCGAUUAUGCUGAAAAUCUAAAAAUGUUAUUCACCACAUAGCCCCCAACUAACGCGGAUAGAUUUGCGAGAGUAAAUGUAGAUGAUUCGAUGGAGUUCAAUAAUAUCGCCGAUGACAUUGUUGAGUAUGGAAUAUAUAACGCAUAAUCGGAUCGUACACUUCGUUUAAAAAGAAUUCAGGGGGAUUUCUGCUUGUUACAACUGCCGACAACAGAGAAUUUCAAAAAUCAACAACAGCAACAAUAGAUCAAAGAGAAACUGAGAAUAGAAGUUAGCAUCUCAGAAACCCGUUUUCAUUAUGCACCUUCUCAUUUACAAUAAAAUCAAAAAUUUCGAAAAUUCGUCACUGAAAUAUCUUCGUCAUAAAUAGAUUAAUCAGUCCUCCAUAUUGCUUGUGGCCAGUGCGCUUGUUGGUCUACUUGUUGCCCUGGGCGCAAUCGUCGAUCCAGUGCUAAUGGUCAUAGCACUUAUCGGACUAGUCGCUGUGAUCACACCGGCUGUUGGUCUAGUGGUAAUGGUCAUAGCAGUCGUCGGAGUAGUCCCUGCGGCCGCAACAAUCGUCGGAGUAUUGGUUAUGGUCAGAGCGGCCGUCGGUCUAGUGGUGGUGGUCACGGCGAUCGUGGAUGUAGUGGUGGUGAGCACAGCGAUCGUCAGUCUAGUGGUUAUGGUCACAGCGAUUGUCGGUGCAGUUGUUCCCGCCAUAGCAAUCAUCUGAGUAUUGGUUUCGGUCGCAGUGAUUGCCCCAGUAGCGAUCGUGGUCACAGCAAUCGUCGGAGUAUUGGUUAUGGUCAAAGCGGCCAUCGCAAUCAUCUGAGUAUUGGUUCCAGUCGCAGUGCUUGUCCGAGUAGUGGUUGUGGUCACAACAAUCGUCGGAGUAGUGACUGUGGCCGCAACGAUCGUCGGAGUAUUGGUUAUGGUCAGAGCGGCCGUCGGUCUUGUGGUAACCGUCAUAGCACUCGUCGGAGCAGUCCCUGUGGUCACAGCGAUCGUCGGUCUAGUGGUUGUGGUCACAACAAUCGUCGGAGUAUUGGUUAUGGUCAGAGUGGCCGUUGGUCUUGUGGUGGUGGUGACGGCGAUCGUCGAUGUAGCGGUUGUGGUCACAGCCAUCGUCGGUCUAGUGGUGGUGGUCACAGCGAUUGUCGGUGCAGUUGUUCCCGUCAUAGCAAUCAUCUGAGUACUGGUUCCGAUCGCAGUGAUUGUCCGAGUAGUGGUUGUGGUCACAACAAUCGUCGGAGCAGUGAUUGUGGCCGCAACGAUCGUCGGAGUAUUGGUUAUGGUCAGAGCGGCCGUCAGUCUUGUGGUAACGGACAUAGCACUCGUCGGAGCAGUCCCUGUGGUCACAGCGAUCGUCGGUCUAGUGGUUGUGGUCACAACAAUCGUCGGAUUAGUGAUUGUGGUCACAACAAUCGUCGGAGUAGUGAUUGUGGCCGCAACGAUCGUCGGAGUAUUGGGUAUGGUCAGAGCGGCCGUCGGUCUUGUGGAUGUGGUCACAACAAUCGUCGGAGUAGUGAUUGUAGCCGCAACGAUCGUCGGAGUAUUGGUUAUGGUCAGAGCGGCCGUCGGUCUUGUGGUGGUGGUGACGGGGAUCGUCGAUGUACUGGUGGUGAUUAUGGCGAUCGUCGGUCUACUGGUUGUGGUCACAGGGAUAGUUCGAGUAUUGGUGGUGAGCGCGAUCGUCGGAAUAUUGGUAAUGGUCACAGAAAUUGUCGGUGCACUUGUUCUCGUCAUAGUAAUCAUCAGAGUAUUCGUUAUGGUCAGAGCGGCCGUCGGUGUAGUGGUUAUGAUCACAGUGUGUGUCUCACUACCCUCACCAGUGUUGAUUGUGGUCACAGGGGUCGUUCUAGUAGUGGUCGGAGGGAUCGUCGCAGGAAUCGUUGGCGUACUCUGGCCAGUGUAGGUUGCGGUCACAGUGAUGGUUGGCGUGCUCUCGCUGGCGUUGGCAGUGGUCACAGUGAUGGUUGGCGUACUCUGCCCGGUGUUCGUAGCGGUCACAGCGGUAGUUGUCGUAAAUGUGGGCGACGGACUUUCUGUAGUACUGAUUGGACGAGUUCCGUUUGUCAAUAA